AUGGACGUGCUGAAUAAAGACCAAGUACAGCUACUGACGAUAGGAGCGUGGACAGUUUGGAUUGGCAGGAACAACGAGUUGCAUGAGAGGGCACAGGAACCAACUCAGCAGGGCUGGAAACCUCCACCUACAGGACUUCACAAAUUGAAGUUUGAUGGCGCUGUCAAUGUGGAAGGAAAGGUAGGGGGAAUAGGAGUGAUAAUCAGAGACUCAAAGGGGUUGGUUACGAGAACAUAUGUUUCAAAAUGGCCAUGGAUAACUGAAGCCCUAACUAUUGAGACAAUAGCAGCUUUACGUGCACUGGAGGUGGCAAAAGUUAUGGGAAUUAAUGAAGUGAUCAUGGAAGGAGACAAUCUGACAUUAAUGAACAGGCUUAACAUUUCACUACAGAAUAACUCGUCACCAGGUGUACUCAUUGAAGAAAUUUGCAUACUUGCAAGACAAUUCCGAUCCUUUAAAGCAGUGCACACAGGAAGAAAAGGGAAUGAGGCAGCUCAUAAGCUUGCAAGACUUGGCCUACAGGCUCAGGAGGGGUAG